GUUCACGUCGUGUUUCUGUCAGUAACCGUUGGACUACCACCUUGGUGCGAUCCGCGACGGAUUUUACCGCCUCACCACGUUGUAGUUCGGACACACGCUCGGUGAUACGUAAACAAAGUUUAUUUUCGAGUUUUUUACCACCAAAGGGACAAAAAGAGUCGUUACCAAUGAAGUAAUUCCCCUUAAAAGUGGUCACGGUCCAUCCAAGGGCUUCCGCAGAUUUACCAGAAAAAUGAAUUUGCGUGUCAGCUUGUUAAUCUGGAUGAUCGUUGGUUUUAUUGGGUUGAGUUUAACAGCCGAGUCGAGUCUUGCUGACGUUGCAGAUGAGAAGAAAGAUAAACACGGGGAACUGCAGCCAGUUGUAAGGACUCUGUCGACAACGGAGAAAAAUUCCCGAGAAUCUGAACCAGAUUACGAGGACGAGGAUGAAGAAGAAGAAGAAGACGGAGAACCGGAAGGAAGAGAGCACGUGGACGAGUACGAGGAAGAAUUACGAAGCAUGGCCGAGUCCCACGAAGCCAUGUCCAGAGACGAGAGGCGCAACUCCUCGGACAGCCUAGCCAACCCCCCCGAGGCCGGUUUUAGUCCCGGGAUGGUCUCGUCCAGGAACUUCGACUCCCAGGAAAAGAACUUGGAGGAGAACUCCGACGAGAGCAUGACCUCCAACGAGGCAAUCAGCGGCGAGGUCACCGGCCCCGCGCAGGAGCUUUUGAAGUUCAAGCGGCAGGCGAGCGGAAAAAUUAAACGCGUACCUACUGUGAAAAAGGAACUCAGCUCGCAGGUACGCCUCCAGGGGAACGACACUAAUGAGGACGCGGUCAAAGGCGAACUUUUAGGGAAAAAAAUUCCCGCAACCAGACAAGUUAUUGACAACCAUUUGCUGGAUGACGAUGGGAUUAACCCCGUGCCCGGAGAGUCCUACCUCGAGAGAAGAUCUUUGGAUGUCGAUGUUGGCGGCGAAAAAGAAAGGGCGCCCGAAGACUCCGAGGAAUAUAUGGAUUUGGAUGCGCCGACGGAAAUCCUCGGAAAACUCGACAAGAGACAGCAAUCCGAUCUCAAGGGUCUCGAGACUUAUCUCGAACCGGCUACGCACGCCUACGAGCUCGAGAAGCUCGCUAAACUUGAGGAACUUCGAGCAGAGGAGUACGUACUGGCUGAAAACUUAAUGGAGUUAUUGGUGAAGCUUGCCGAGAAUCCUAAGCGAUGGGAACGGACUCACAAAUUGCUGAGGGACAUGGAGAACGACCUGGAUCUAUGGAGAGCCUCCGACUCUAAUAAGCGCGGGUACGACUUUCGAGCUUUGAGCCAGCCGGACUUCCCUAUUCCUGUAGCAGAAAAACUGAAAGCCCCAACGGAGAAGCCCAAAAAGAAGAAGAAAAAAAAGAAGAAGCCGCGGUCCGAAUUUUCUACGACAACACCAUCAACAACCACUUCACCAAUAACUUCUUCUACAACUCCCGCCCCAACAGAAGCAACCCACUGGCGGAUCUUCCCAGAGUUAUUCGGUUCUCCAGUCCGGAAUUCCCUCCACAAAGAGCCCUCUAAUUUAGCAAAGAUCCAUUACGCGGUCGGAAAAUACCAGAAACCUUCUAUAGGGUCUAGUAAUCGCAAUACCGAUACUGACGACAUUUCAACGGGCUACCUGAAUGACCAAGUCCCGGGAAAAUUGGAUCCGCUGUCAAGGAAAUUCCACUUCGGGAAGAUAAACACUCACGAGAAGGACUCGUUGAAUCAACACGAACAGCCCUCGAUUUACGACCCGGAGAGGGACAGAGCGAUAGUUGAUUACCCUUUGGCUGGACGAGCGUAUCAAGAACCACCUCGAACUCGUGUGGGCGACAGGUUCGAUCGAUACCGGCCUUCGUACGUCGGCGAACGUGUCAGGAAUCAGAUCUUCAAGGAUUAUCAGGAGCCCGCGGGCUAUCCUGGGGAGUUUCCCCGUCAGGCUCCCUACGCCAAGGCCUGGAAGUACUCAAAGUACGAUUUGAGCCCGGCUGUCGAUCCCUACUACGAAGACGAACGCAGCAACUGGGCCACCAGGUACCGAGCUUGGCAAACUUUCUGGAGACCCAUUUUCGAGAUUGAAGACGCGGACGAGGCCAAGAGGAGGAUGCUCUUUGGAAAGUUUUCUCCUCCUUCUUCUUCUUCUUCUUCUUCUUCUUCUUCAAUGGGAGCUCUUUCUGGUGGGAAGAGUGAUAAGGCUAUGCAAAUUCCUUGGCGGUCGAUAGACGACUCGAGAUCUAAGUCCUACAGCAGGGAACAACUACCAGUUGUAGAUAAAACCAGAAAUCACUCGGAGUUUAAUGAAGCGCUAAAGUCUUCUAAGCAAAUCAAGGAUGAGAAUGUCGCCCUUCCUAAGAUAACCAUGAAAACUUGGAAUAGUUUGACGUCCGAUCCAGCGACGUGGCCGUUUAAGCUCUCUGAUGCGAAGCCCUGGCCCAAAGAUAAGAACGGAAAGUCUUACAACCCCAACGCGGAUCUUGUGAGGAAGCUCGGGCUUGACAAGCAAGAGAGACUUUUGGAGAAAGAGGAUAAGAAGUUGAAUAAAGGAGUUAAGGACAAUGACAAUUUGAAUUUGAAUUUGAAUUUGAAUGGGAAGAUAAAGAAUCCCUGGACUAGCGACACCAGGAAGAUGUGGCCGAUUAAAAUGUCCCCGAAGAUUCAGUCAGUUGGAGCCUGGGUUAUGCCCGCGGAUGAUAAUGGCUGGAGUUCUUUCAACCAGCAGCACUUUGAGGAUCCUCAAUGGCACAAGGGAAAAUCAAGUGGAAUGACCAAGUGGAAUGUUGAGUUUGCGAAGCCAGUUCAGGAUAUUCAGCCUAAGUGGAAGCAGUUUUCGUAUCAUAAGAUUAAUACCCAGCCUGGUGGUAAAUCUGGAGCUGCUGAGGAGUCGGUGAGGAGAAAUGCGUUCAUUGCUGUCUCGGCGGUAUCGCCUUCUAAGUAUCCGGGUAAUGAGUGGAGGAAAAAUGAUGUCGAGGAGAACUUCGGGGAUAAUCCGAUCAGGACUAAUGGGGAUAUUGAUCGCGAUGACCCCAGUACACAGUUGCUACACAAUCGCUGGCAGACUCAGGUGGCCAGACCUACUGAUAGGAGGAAUCUCACCGACCCGUUGGAGUAUCAGUUAGAGGAACUCAGGCUUAAUAAUAUUGAGAAACGUAGCGCUCCUACUCAGGCCACUUACAUGUCAAACACUCUUAACUCGACGGCGACGGCUACGGCUUCAACUACUAAGGCCGACCUGGAAAAGUCAACAAAAGUCGCCCCCAAGAUCGAAAAGUUUCCGUCGAAGCCCAUCAAGAAGUAGAAGAGUUUAUUUUAUUUGAUAUUUGUGUAACCAAUCGUUGACGUGAUAUGAGAAGAAUAUUCACACCAGCUCCCCUCCUGAUCUCUCAUCAACUCCCGGCUUCUGGAGUCCAAAUAUGUUUAAGGAGGAGAAAGAAUUUAAAAUUUGCUAGUCGUCGAUUGAAUAUGAGUGACAUUACCAUUCACCUCAUGGAUCUUCGGAGUUUUUUUUGUAACAUAGAAUCUGAUAUUAUUAUAUUAUUAAUACGUUCUGUAAAUAAAUUAUUGUAUUAAACGGGACGAGUCUAGUCGCGGUAUAAUAAUAAUAAUAAUAAUAAUAAUAAUAAUAAUGAUGAUAUAUUAUAAUUAUUAAUUAUAAUUACAGUUAAUUGAAAAAGAAACAUAUUAUACAAGAGUGUACACCCAUCAACAAACUAAACGUAUUAUCACGCACUCGAUAAAACAAAACGUAACAAAUCAUUAUUUAUAAGUAUUAAGUUUUAAAUUAAGCAAAGCUGUUUAUGUCCUUCCCCUUCACUUAUGGAAAUAAAUAAUUGUAUACGUCCAAAAA